CUCCGCCGCUUCACACAGCUGAAUAUAUUAAGCCUCCAAUAAACCGGUAUUUAUAUUCGCGGGGUGUCCUCGUCCGUCCGCGCUUUCUCCUGAAGAAAACUAGCACGGUUCGCACCUGUGUCAAAAAAGCAGUUUCAGACAAAUUAAAGCUCAGACAAGAAGUGCGAGGGUUUUUAUUCCGAUGAGGAUAUUAUUAAAUGGGGUUCUAGAGCUCAAUUCUGCCGCGGUGGAUUUGGAAGCGGAUUUAUCCUAUUUGGGAUCUUGUCAUUGGGGCAACGGAAUACAGCAGAGACAGCAAAUCCGAUCGGAUUGACAGACAUUCAGGAUGUUAUUGGACCGGUGUGACGGGCUGCUUUGACUUUCUGUCAAGAUGUUCUCUUGCAUUUUUAGAUGACCUGAGCACUCUCCGACCUUGACAGGUUCUUCGUCAGGAUGUUGCAGUGAUUGAGGUGAAACAUCUUGUCAAGACGAUGUGGAGUUUUGGAAACCCGACCUGUACGAGUCAGGCCAACUGUUACAACAAUGCUUCCAAAGAAUACUGCUACUCGGCCCGGAUCCGCAGUACCGUGUUGCAGGGCCUGCCCUUCGGAGGGGUUCCCACCGUCCUCGCGCUGGACUUCAUGUGCUUCCUGGUUCUUCUUUUUGUCUUCUCCAUCUUGCGGAAGGUGGCGUGGGAUUAUGGCCGUCUUGCCCUGGUGACCGAUGCUGACAGACAGAAGAGAAGAUUCAGCGGUCUGGAGGAGCGGGAGUAUGUGGCUUCAGCUCUUCAUUCUGAAACGCCGGACCGUUAUGAACGUCUCACCUCGGUCUCCAGCUCGGUGGAUUUCGAACAGCGAGAUAAUGGCUUCUGUUCCUGGUUGACGGCCAUAUUCAGAAUAAAGGAUGAGGAGAUCCGGGAGAAGUGUGGUGAAGAUGCCGUUCAUUACCUGUCCUUCCAGCGGCACAUUAUCGGUCUGCUGGUUGUUGUGGGCGUUCUGUCGGUGGGCAUCGUUCUGCCGGUCAACUUCUCAGGCAACCUGCUGGACAACAACGCAUACAGCUUCGGACGCACAACAAUCGCCAACUUGAAUUCCGGGAAUAACCUCUUAUGGCUGCACACGUCAUUUGCCUUCAUGUAUCUGCUCCUCACCGUCUACAGCAUGAGACGCCACACGUCCAAGAUGCACUACAAAGAAGAUGAUCUGGUGAAACGCACUUUAUUUAUUAACGGCAUUUCGAAAUACGCAGAAGAAAGCCAUAUCAAACAGCACUUUGAACAGGCGUACGAGAACUGUGUCGUACUGGAAGCGCGUGUUUGUUACAACGUGGCCAAACUGAUGUCCCUCAACGCGGAGAGGAAGAAGACUGAACGCAGUAAGAAGUUUUUCACGGAUCUGAUGGCUAAGGAACACAUGCCCGCCAUGAUCAACCCCAAACCCUGCGGUCACCUGUGCUGCUGCGCCAUUACAGGCUGCGAAGAGGAGGAGGCCGUGAGUUAUUACACCAAACUGGAGUCAAAACUGAAAGAGGAAUAUAGGAAGGAGAAGGAGAAAGUCAACACCAAACCGCUGGGCAUGGCAUUCGUUACCUUCCAGAACGAGGCCAUGACGGCAAUCAUCCUGAAGGACUUUAAUGCGUGUCAGUGUCAGGGCUGUAAUUGCCGUCAGGAGCCGCGCUCUUCUCAGUUUAGUGACAGUCUUCAUAUCUAUAACUGGAGCGUCAGCUACGCGCCGGACCCCCAAAACGUGCGCUGGGAGAAUCUGUCUUUGGGAGGAGUUUCCUGGUGGCUUCGCUGCUUCAUCAUUAACUGCAUCCUCUUCAUCCUCCUCUUCUUCCUCACCACCCCGGCCAUCAUCAUCUCCACUAUGGACAAGUUCAACGUCACCAAGCCUGUGGAGUAUCUGAACAACCCAAUCAUCACCCAGUUUUUCCCCACGCUGCUCCUGUGGGCUUUCUCCGCCCUGCUGCCCACCAUCGUCUACUACUCCGCCUUCUUUGAAGCUCACUGGACCAGGUCGGGCGAGAACAGGACCACCAUGCACAAGUGCUACACCUUCCUGAUCUUCAUGGUUCUCCUGCUGCCGUCUCUGGGUCUCAGCAGUUUGGACGUUUUCUUCCGCUGGCUCUUCGACAAGAAAUUCCUGGCUGAAGCCACCGUCAGAUUUGAGUGUGUCUUCCUCCCUGAUAACGGAGCAUUUUUUGUGAAUUACGUCAUUGCGUCAGCGUUCAUUGGUAAUGCCAUGGAUCUGCUGCGGAUUCCAGGUUUGCUCAUGUACAUGAUCCGGCUGUGUUUGGCUCGCUCGGCCGCGGAGAGACGCAACGUCAAACGGCAUCAAGCCUAUGAGUUUCAGUUCGGAGCUGCCUACGCCUGGAUGAUGUGCGUUUUCACCGUUGUUAUGACGUACAGCAUCACCUGCCCAAUCAUCGUCCCCUUUGGACUGAUGUACAUGCUCCUGAAGCACCUGGUGGACAGGUACAACAUGUACUACGCUUACCUGCCCUCGAAACUCGACAAGAAGAUCCACUCGGGAGCCGUCAAUCAAGUGGUGGCCGCGCCCAUCCUGUGCCUCUUCUGGCUGCUGUUCUUCUCCACCGUGCGGACAGGGUUUUUGACCCCGACGUCCAUGUUUACCUUCGUGGUGCUCAUCAUCACCAUCGUGGUCUGCCUGUCGCACGUGUGCUUCGGCCACUUCAAGUAUCUCAGCGCGCACAACUACAAGAUCGACACCAAGGACACUGAGAUCGACGGAGUGGAGAACGGACGUCCUGCUAGAUCUUCACCCUCCAACAAAUCUCAGCAGCAGAUGUACAUCGCCCAGGUCCUUCAGGACCCAAACUCCGACGAAACCGGAGCAGGCAGCGGAGAAGACGACGGUCAGGGGUCCUCGCAGGACGAGGAAAUGAUCAACGCCGGGAACAGCCUAAACGAGGCCGACUUCCAGUCCGGAGAGGACAGUCUCAUCGCCAACGAGGUCCACCAGUAACCACAGCCGGGACGGGAGAGGGAAAGAAGGAAGGGCGAGAGAUUUACAAAGGCCUUCAUCCGCACAUGUCCGUUUCGUCCCCGUCGAACGCUGUGAACCGAAUUUACGGGACGUUUGUUGGCUCGAAACAUCAGCACCUUAGAAACCCACGUCUGCCAAAACACUCAAAACUGUACAUAAGCACACGCUCCGACGCUUAAAAACCAUUUCGCACAUGUGCAUGAACACACCGGCGACUGGAAUUGGAAUCACGUCGAUUGCGAGACUUCCUGGAUUUCCUUUUCGAAAAAAUUCCUAGUUUGAUCACCCGUAAGCCUCAGGAAACGGAUGGGAAAUGUCCUGUUUUUUUUGGAAAAUGUCGCGCUCUUUCUCCCAUGGUUCGCCUUAACAGCGAUAGCAUUCCUAGUCGACGCCGCUGGCUUUAUUUGCUCGCUUUUUCUUGUUCUCGGAUUGGAUUUCUCAAACAUCUGGCAUUCCAAAGGAAACGUGCAAUAGCGAGAGCAUUUCGUCUGAAUUCGAGAUCCCAAAUGCGUUGGAUUUGCCAUUUUAGACUGAACAAACUGCGUUCACUGUACAGUAUUCAGCCAGAACACUAACGACUGACACUCCUGUUGUCGCCAUUGAAACACGGCAAUGGCGUUCUUGAAUUAUUGCGCUCCGAUCUGAACUUCUCCCCGGUGUACAGUAUUUCCAGAGCCGCGCUGUGUGUUUGUGUUUGUCACUGAAUGACCCAUAUUUUCGUUUUGGUAUUUUUAAUGCUAUUUUUGCCUUUAACGGAUGUGUUUGUAUGCCUGCAACGGAGUACUGACGUUCUUGUCCUCGUAGCGCAGUAGAAACCGCUCGCCGCUCGUAACGUGAUCUUACGGACUAGCGAUGGAGAAUCAGCGAUUCGGGACAUUUGUGGUUAACCAAAUGCGUUCGGGAAACUGCCAAUUCAGAUCAUAGUUCAGAAACAACGUCCCUGGAUAGUGUAAAUGAGGAUAGAGAAAAACAGGCUCUUGGAAGACAGAUUUUGGGAGAAAUCUGGCGUCAGAAAAGCGUUUAGUUACAAACAACUAACUGAGUUUGUAAUCCAAGUACUAAUACUAAGAGAAAUGUAGCUGUCACAUGAAGUAUCUGUCGAUACAGAGCAGCAACAAACAACGUCGCUUCAGUUGUAUUGAGCUAGAUGAGGAAAGUAAUAAUCGUAACGAAAAACCACUAUUGAAGACUCGUCUCUAGAGAUCUGAUCCAGUUGCAGUGAACCCUAAGUGAAGAAUUAUCAUGUUUAACUUUGGUUUAUUGCUGUCUGAAAGGAAUAGUUUAACCAAAAAUGAACAUUUGCUGACGAUUUGCUCACCCUCAGGCUGAGAUGUAUGAGUUUGUUUCUUCAUCAGAUUUGGAGAAACGUAGCAUUGCAUCACUUCCUUACCAAUGGAUCCUCUGCAGUGAAUGGGUGCCGUCAAUUAAUCCAACAGAUAACAUCUUGAGAAGCCAAAAGCUGCGUGUUUGUAAGAAACAAAUCCACCAUUAAGACAUUUUUAACUUCAAACUGUUGUUUUCGGCCAUAAUCCAUAAUAACGCUUCCUCCAUUGAAAAAAGUAAUCUUGUCUGAAUCAGGAGAGAAAUCUGCACAAGCAAAAACAGUCCAAACCGGCUCUAAACAAGUGUAUCUGUGGAUUUUGAUGUGAGAGGACAACAGGAGAUGGACGUUUUCACUGGAUGAAGCAUUAUUAGACUCAUAUUUUAGCUGAAAGCUAUGGUUUGAAGUUAAAAACAUCUUAACGAUGGAUUUGUUUCUUACAAACACACAGCAUUUGGCUUCUCAAGAUGUUAACUGAUGGAUCACCGAUGGUUAACCAAAUGCGUUUGAUUUGUUCAGGAAACUGCCAAUUCAGAUCUUAGUUUAGAAACAACGCCCCUGGAUGGAUGCUUGGUGAAAGACAGGCUCUUGUUUGGCGCUUUUGUACGAGAUGUUUUGGGAGAAAUCUGGCGUUGGAAAUGCAUUUAGUGACGACUGAGUUUGUUUUUUCAAGUUGAGAUUGGUCUAAUACUACUAAUACUAAGAGAAAUGUAGCUGUCACAUGAAGUAUCUGACUGUUGAUAUAGAGCAGCAACAAACAACGUCGUUUCAGUUCUAGAUGAGGAAAAUAAUAAUGGCUUGUAGCAAAAAACAACUAUUGAAGACUCAUCGCUAGAGAUCUGAUCCCGUUGCAGUGAACCCUAAUUAAUUCAUAAAAGAAAAGAAUGCAGUGAAGGUUUAUUGCAGUUGUCUCCAUUAGAUCCAUCUUAAAGGAACAGUUCAUCCAAAAAUGAACAUUUGCUGACGAUUUACUCACCCUCAGGCCAUCCAAGAUGUAGAUGAGUUUGUUUCCUCAUCAAAUUUGGAGAAAUGCAUCACUUGCUCAGCAUUGGAUCCUCUGGGGUAAAUGGGUGCCGUCAGAAUGAGAGUCCAAACAGCUGAUAAAAACAUCUCAAUAAUUCACAAGUAAUCCACACCACUCCAGUCCAUCAGUAAACAUCUUGAGAAGCCAAAAGCUGUGUGUUUGUAAGAAACGUUUUUAACUAAAUACAUAAGUCCAUAAUCCAUAAUAACGCUUCCUCCAGUGAAAAAUAGUCUUGUCUGAAUCAGGAGAGAAAUCUGCAUAGAUCAAGCCCUGUUUACAAGCAGUCCGAACAGAUAUAUGGGUGGAUUUUGAUGUGAGAGACAACUUUUUUACUGGGUGAAGCGUUAUUAUUGAUUAUAGAGUCAUUUUAGCUGAAAGCAUUGCUUUGAAGUUAAAUACAUCUUAAAUGAUGGAUUUGUAUCUUGCAAACACGCAGCUUUUGGCUUCUCAGGAUGUUAACUGAUGGACUGGAGUGGUGUGGAUUACUUGUGAACUAUUGUGAUGUUUUUAUCAGCUGUUUGGACUCUCAUUCUGACGGCACCCAUUCACAUGCAUUGGUGAGCAAGUCAUGAAAUGCUACAUUUCUCCAAACCUGAUGAAGGAACAAACUCAUCUUAGAUGGCCUGUGUAUAUUUUUAGCAAAUUGGUGAACCAUUCCUUCAGUCCAUCAAAAAUGAUGGAAAUCCCAGAAUGAGAGGUUUCUAUUGGCCGUUUACAGGAGCCAAUCAUGUUUUAGAGUGGCAUAUUGUCAACAUAAAACAGGAACCAAUUUGUUUUCUUGCAGAAAACUGACCUUUGAUUAAACAUGCAUGUCAACAAUGUACAGUACGUUUGUUGGCGAAGACGCCAUGUGUGGAUUGUGUCGAUACGCCAUUCGUGAGACGUAAUGAGUGUAAAUCUACCAGUUUAGAGAUUCACUGCAGGUGUUUCAUGAAUGAAUUUAAAAUUAUUACAGUAUUUCAUGUUUUCAUACCUGCUGCUGCACAUAAUUCCUCUAGAUUGAUGUGCCAGAUUGUUUUCUUUCAUUUAUCAGCCUGAAAUUACAUUUUGCAGUAGUUUUGUGACCCGAAAGGUCCGAGCGACGCUCCUGAAAGUGUGUGAAAAUGAUCUUCAUAAGCUGAUGGCAGAUAAUGUCUGUUUACUGUGAGUUUUGCACUGAUGGUUUUUAUUUGUGUUCGUUUCUGUUACUGUAUCCUCAAAGUUAAUAACUGGAGACUUUGUGAAGAAAGCUGGUGAUGAAGAUGAAUCUUAGGAGGAUCCGUUACCGGUUUGCAUCAUGAACACGCAAUACACUGGAUUGAUCGAGCAAAUAACUGGUACUAAAAUGGCACAAAGUGACUUGAGUAUUGAAACGGAACAGCCUCAGGUGUUCUUUUAUUUUCCAAACGAUAAAAAUGUUUACAUCUGUGUGUUUCCUUGUUCGUCAUCUGUCAUUUUUACUUGUUUUCCUUCGGGAUUUCGCAUUUCUCAUCGAUGAAGACACAAAUGGUGGUAACCUAUGAAAGCUGUAGCUUUGUGCGUAGUUUGGUUUGGAAGGCGUAGCUACAAGCCGGAGAUACUGACGACAAUUUGUGUCUCAGAGAUCGUCGAUGAUGAUCGGUGUGUGUGUGUGAAUAUUCUGUGAGCACAAGAUAUUGAAAAGCACGCUUUGUACAUCCAAAGGAAGGUCAUUUCUUUGUUUUCUGGUUCUGUCCUGUUUUUUAGGGCCCCCUCACCGGCUUCUUAUUGAGUUAAUGAAGUGAAGUCUCUUCAGCAUUUGGCAGUGAAGUAAAGAGUGGUGCGGGUAUUUUUGUAAAAACUUGUACAAGAAACUGUUUGGAGAUGCAAAUGUUCAGCCUGUUGAAGUAUUUGAUACCAGUAAUGUAUUAAAGAUGUGUUAAAGCUAGCUGUCGCUCAAUGGAUUUUUAAUAUAUCAUGACUUUGUUUUGUUUUAUAAGCGAAUUGUUUAACUUACGAAUGCGCAGUGUCUUUUAGAACGAAAAGACUGGAGAUGCAAUUUUUUGCGCAGAGGAAUACGAGCUGUGCGUUAUGCAAGAAUGAAUCGCAGUAUGUUUGUACAAAAGUUUUGAUGCCGAUGUACAGGUGCCGAACUUUAACAAAAUCUCAACUUAACCCGUUUCUGUUGCUCUAGUCUGCUCACAUGCGGCUGCAUCACUGUAGGAGACGUAGACGGACUGCUCUAGAACCUGUGUGUGAGAUUUGUUUUGACACCUUUUCUGUCCGAAGGUCGUCCUUAUGGUGAAGCAUUUGUCAUCUUCAGUUUCUUGAUCAAUAAAAGUUGGUAUUCAUUCUGUG